CUCGCUUUGCGUGACCGCAGCAGGUUGGUCCUGGAGCAGAUGAGCGAAGAAUAUUUAGGCGAAAGCGAGAGGAGGGGCGGGGGGGAGCGCGGGGCAGGAGGAGUACCUCGGCCAAGAAAAUUAUGCAUGCGUUAGGCAAGCUCUGAGAGAAUGGCUGUGGAAGCUCUCCACUGUGGUUUGAAUUCACGGGGUAUCGAUCACCCUGCGCAUGCUGAAGGAAUUAAGCUGAAAAUUGAAGGUGAAGGUAUAGAAUCUCAAUCCAUUAAAAACAAAAAUUUCCAGAAGGUGCCUGACCAAAAAGGAACCCCCAAGAGACUGCUGGGAGAAGCUGAGACAACAAAGUCAGCCACCGUGAAGCUGUCAAAACCAGUGGCCCUGUGGACCCAGCAGGAUGUCUGCAAGUGGUUGAAGAAGCACUGUCCAAAUCAGUAUCAGAUCUACAGUGAGUCAUUCAAACAACAUGACAUAACUGGGCGAGCCCUGCUGAGACUCACAGACAAGAAGCUGGAACGCAUGGGGAUCGCCCAGGAGAACCAGCGACAGCACAUCCUGCAGCAGGUGCUCCAACUGAAGGUGCGAGAAGAAGUCAGAAACCUGCAGUUACUCACACAAGGAUGAUUAACCUCAGUGGAGGGUUCUCCAUAAACAUGUCAACCUUGCAAGCUGCUGUCCUGCCAGUGGGCAUGAGCAUGACCUGUUCCCCAGAGAAAGACUUACACAUGGCACUGCCAGAAGAGAUCCUUGGAGCACUGACAGAUUAACUGGAUUAACUGAGAAAAUGCCUAUUCGGUCAAGAUCAUGAAGUUUGGGAGGAAAAAAAAAAAUCUUGGUUUGCGGUGGAUUUUCAAAUGAGGUGCAUAACAUACAGUGCCAACUCGUUCCAAGUGGUCAUUGGCAGACCAUUAGCUGGAAAAUUGCUUCCAGUUUUCAUCACUGUGCAUAACUCAAGUUCCCCCUUGGGCUCUGUCUGUGCCCUUCACUAGAAGUCCUGUUUUAGCAUGGCAACUACUGGAUUAUUUCAUUAAGUGUGCAGAUGGCAUGAUGUUUUAGAAAAAAAAAAUGCAGGAGUUCUGCAGUCUCAGUGGAAGGGUUCACAAUAUUAUACCCUGGUAGGAAUGUAAACGUGUCUUGAUUAUGUUAGUUACAAUGUCCAACGGUGUUCUGCCCAACGCUGAAGCACUUUAUAUGAGAACACUACACUGAGAUGAAAUAGCACAUUUGAUACAUGUAGGAGAACAAAUGUUUUCUCUUUUCUUUAUAAAUCUUGUCUUACUUCUGGCUCAGACUGUCCAAGACAAACUCCACUCUUAGUAUAUUCCACUUGUCUGUGGUUCAUCGGUGUAAAUAUGGCCACAAUACUGUUAGAUUUCACUUGCUGACACUUUACUGGAUAACUGGAUUACAUAUAGCACAAAGGAAAGUAGAAGUUAGCAAGCCUGGUGACCGAACUAUUUGAAGUGUUGGUUCAUUGUAUCCAGGCACAACUUAACACAUGACAUCAUGACACUCUGUACAGUCUGCUUCUCUUUGGCCGAUGCAUACAUACUCUUCUAUAUAAGAGACCUUCCAAACACAAAGACCAUUGUGGGUUGAUGCCAAGGGCAGCAGAAUGCAACCUUCCUUGGUGGUCCCACUUCCACACUUAGAAAAACUUCCAGAAUUCAAGUUUAAAUCACAAUUCUGGAGAGAAGCAUCAAAUGACCCCCCCACUGUGUGCCUAGAGAAGUAAAACAUUCAGCCCACACUAGGUUUCUUCCUCAGCAUAGAACUUACUCUUCCCCUUUAAUACUACUUGGAUGUAUAUAUAACUUUUUUUUUUUUAAUUCUAUCUAACAACAAAGCACAGUCCUGGGAAACCUGUCCAUUCAGUGGUUGCUUACCUGAACACUGGAGAAGUAUUCAUUCAUAUUGAUUGGCCCCUUGUGAUACAUUAGCAUCUUUUCCCUGGAAAUUGAAUCUUGGCUGAAUCAAAAGCUCAGCAAAGUGUGUUAUGAACACUCACUAACCUAACCUGAGACCAGUAGGCAUCAGAGACUAAUAUUUAAAAUAAAGGUAACAACUUCUGCUGCCCAGCAUAAGCAAGCAAGACAUUUUGCAUUGUCUCCAAACACUCAUUCUCUGUCUCCGCUUGAAGUGGAGAGACUUCAUAGGAUAUCUCUCCCCAGGAUGGUUCCUGUCAGAUGUGGACUAGAAAGGGACCUCCUGAUAGGAACUCAGAGAAAUAAUAGCUACCAUGAGGUCUGGAUUUUUUACAGAUCACCACCAGAACCAUCAAAGCUACCACAGACCAUAAUUGUCUAAAAAGUUGAAAUUGGUAAUCCAAACCCAGGCUGCCAACACUCCUGCUCUAUGACCCAUCCUUUUGCCUUAGUUCCAGCAGCGGGGUCUGUGCAUUCCAUCAUUCUUCCUUUUCACUCAGCAAGCAUCUGUUGAGGGACCACCGUGUGCAAAGAACUGUUUUGGGUCAACUCUAUUAUAUAAGGCACACUCUUCCUGCUUCUAUUGAAUUCUUUCUUUCUCUCCAACACUACUCUUUUCCCACAGUACAAACUGAAUUGAGAUAUCUACACCCACCCACCCACCCUCACCUUGCCAGAGAAACAAAGGAAAAUGUUCAUGACAGACAGCAGGCAGAUCCCAUUUCUGAAUGAGUGAGCAGCUUGGGAACACAUACAGAACCUUGCCAGACAGCCAGCUAAGCUGAUCCGAGCUUCCUACAGCUGCUCUCAGCUGCUAUCCUUGAUGCCCACCCCGGUCUAUUUCCAUCCUUUCUAUAGACACUACUAUUUAUCACUAUGCUCAAUUCUCUGAAAUGCCAAUUCUAUAACUACUCCUGAAGACCCUGAAUUGGUUCUAAUGAAUCCUAUACACCCUGCCAGGUGCUGAGAUAGUGUAGCUGGGAAUAAACUGGUUUAGUCCAUGAUAUUCCCGCUAAAACCCUUGGAGAACUGGAUGCCCAUUCUAGGGCAGAUGUCCACUAAAUGAUCAUGGGCUAUUGUCAUUUUGGCUUUUGCAAAAUAAUCUGAAUGACUUUUUUAAAAGUUGCCUCUUUUUUUGAGUCAGAGGAAUACUGUAACAUUAUGGAAAGAUAAUGGUUAAAGACGAAAAUGGAAAAAGGGGGAAAUGAAGGCCCUUACAGAGCCCAGCUGAAAAUGGUGUCUCUAAAAAUGCCUUAAUGCCUGGCACAACCUACAUAUUUGCAUUUGAGCCCGCACUGUUUUCCAAACUGUCAGCCUCUGUUUGAAACCAUUACAGGUUUGGAAACAUGGUGGCAUGACAUCUGUGCAUGCACAAGCAAAACCAGAAAAAUGGAGAAAUGAUUUCAUUCACAGCGUUCGGCUUCCUUGUAUGGAGACCCUCUGUGAGAUUGCCCCAUGGUUACUUCUUGCUGUGUUGUGUGUGUUUGGGGGAAGGAGUGCAAUUUUAUCUUCCAGAAGCCCAGGCAUAUCUGUGGUGGGUUUUCUUUUGUAGGACAGGAGAUAUGGGGAGUUAAAUGUUUUAAUAUCUAAUGAUUGAGGCUUUAAUUUUUCCUUUUUCUUAAACCUGUAUCACGCCUUUUACUAAAAGACUGACACACUUAUGCAGGAAAGGUACUCUUGGGAAUGAACUGAAAUGAAUAAUUAUCAGAUUCUCCAGGUUGCUGAGGGGAAUAGCUCGGUUCAGAGCCAAUAUCAAAUUUAAAUAUGCAGAGCACCAUGGUUCUGCUGGGGUUGAGAGCAAAUCAUGCCAGUAGGUUGAGACUUGCCUAGGAUGGAUAGGGACCCCAUCAACUUUCUUUAUGGGACGUGGCUCACCUUCAAAUCCCUGCGCUCGCUCCGUGACAUGUAUACCCAGUAUUUUGAUUUCUACCUCCACAAUAUGGGUAAAGAUGUCAGGUUCUCUCCAGAGUCACUCUGCAGCUGCCCAAACAGAGGCAUACAGUCCUCAGUACUGAGGAGAACGUGCCAUUUUUGACAUUCAAUGGGGAGAGGGAAGAUGAAGGAUGACUGUGAAUAUAAACUAAGGAUGAGAACCUCUAAUGGAUCCACCCCACAUACCCUAAAUGCUUUCUUUGUCUGCAAAUGUCACAUAAUUAGUUUUGGAUAGCAACAAUAAAAGUCCCAACAAAGUAAAGUU